UUUCAAACUCCUGGGCCCAAGCAAUCCACCUGCCUUGGCCUCCCAAAGUGCUGGGAUUACAGGUGUGAUCCCCCACAUCCAGCUGAGUUUUUAAGUGAGAUUCUAUUAGUACUUACUCUCUAUUUUCUAAGAAAUACAUUUUUCCCAUUUCAAAAACAGUACGUAUCUACAAUGUAAAAAAAUAUAGUAAAUUGAUUAGUAAAAUUGAUAAGUACAAUUACGUCUCUCUUCUUUAGAAAAACAAAGCACCUCCAUAUUCGUUCCUUAGUUUUGGGCCAUUCCUCUAUUUCCCUUUGUAGCCAAAUUUGUUCAUAUGUUGUCUACAUAAACUCUACGUUUUCACUUUCUCAUUAACUACUUAGUAUCAUACCAUCUUUUAGUUCCUUUUAUUAAGAGGUAAUGCAUUAUAUUUCCAUCAUUCAAAGACAAUCAGUAUGUAAUUUUUUUUGUAUUUCUUUCUAAUUGUUUCUGUUUAUAUUUUCCCCUCAUGCUUGUUAUGUAUUGUAUGUGUAAUUUUAUAUCAUGUUUCUUUUGCUUAACUUAUCAUAAAGCAUUUUUCUCUAAUUGUAUUUUUGUGACCAUUAUUAACUUGCUGUGUUCUAAUGACUUAUAUCUGUAUCUGUCUUCCAAGCCCAUAUUAGAAAGGCAUGCAUAGUGCAGCAGUUGCAAGCAGGCAGUCAUUUUCUGAGAUAGACAUACCACCUAAUUGCAAAGGAAAAGACUGAAAAUUGAGACUAGAAUACAAAAUGUAAUAGCUGAGAACCAUACCAUAUGGAAUCAAACUAUAUUUGCAGCACUGACUGUUAAACUGUGGAACUGUACUUCUAGAUUUUACUUGGAAUCUGUGAUUACAGACCUUAGAUGGCUGCUUUAUAUUUCCUGGCAGUGUUUGUAUGCUAUACUUCUCAGAAAACUUUUUUAACAUAAAUCCUUUCUCUCCAAACCUUAAGCAUCCCUGUCUCAGCUUCACCCUAAGCUCCUGAAACCAGAGUCCAUCACCCUCAUCUGUAUGCUAUGAAACUACAACUCUAGUGAAAUGUGCAGGUCCUCUUUAUAUUUAACUUUGUAAAAUACAUUUUAUCACCUGUUCCAUUUCAGUUGGAUUAUUCCUGUUACCACACACACUUUUUUUUUAAGAUCUCCCAUUUAAAGUAACAACAAAUAACAAAUUCAUAGCCCUACCUCUCUCACCCUUAAAAAACAAAAGCACCUCCAUAUCCAUUCCUUAGUUUUGGGUCAUUCCUCUAUUUCCCUUUGUAGCCAAAUUUGUUCAUAUGUUGUCUACAUAAACUUUACUUUUUCACUUUCUCAUUAACUACUUAGUGUUAUACCAUCUUUUAGUCCCUUUUAUUAAUCCCUAUGGAUUUGGAUACCACAAUUAUAUAAUCACCUCAAAUUAUCUCUGACCUCCAGAUUCUAAUAUGCAGUUCCCCGCUUGACAUUUUUACUUGAUGUCUCAUGGGUACUUAUAACUCAGCAUUUUUAAGUUAUUGAUUUCUUCCUGAUCUCUUCCAUAUCAGAAAAGGUAUCAUUAUCUUCAAAUCAGAAAUGUAGGUAUUAUUUAUUGCUUACUUUUUUUCAUUCUCUUCCUUUGUUUAUCAGCAAACCUGUUGAUUCACUCCCCAUGUCUCCCUCUAAUUCACGGAACAACAAAUGUGAUCUUAAAGUGUGAAUUAAAGCAUUUAUCUACCUUGCUUUGAGACCAUUAUUUAGCAUAAAAUCUAAAGUCCAUACUAUGACCCGUUAGGCUUUGCGUGAUCUGUUCCCUUCUUAUCUCUUCCGCCCCUUCUAUGCUUCUCCAUGAAGCUCUUGCCUCAUUGGCUUUUAUUUACUGUAAUAUCCUGUGUUCUUUCAUGCCUCUAUGCUUUUAGACUUAGUGUUCUCUGCCUGGAAUACUCUUCCUCUAUUUUCUCAUUCUUUAGGUUGCUGGUUAAAUUUCUCAGGGAAGUUUAUCUCACCUGAUAUCUAAGGCUGUCUCUCACAUUUCACCACUUGUUUCAUUCUUUUUUGUGGCAUUGCAAUUUAUUUUUCAUUGUUUAAUUGGUUAAAUUUGAUCACAACUGGAGUGAAACCAUAUCCCAACUGGAAUAAAACCAUAUCGCAACUGGAGUAAAACCAUCAAAAAGGCAAGGGUUGUGGCUUUAAUUGGGUGUGAUUAUAUCUCCUCUGCCUAUCAGAGUAUCUGAAUAUAGAAGGUUCUCCUUAAGUGACUGAUAAAUGAAUGAAUGGGUAGACGAGUAACAGACUAGAAGUGACCCUAAAAAUAUUGAGCAUCCUUAGAUUCUAACUUUGAACAAUAAUUCUCACUAAUAAAGAUGACUCUGAGUUAUUCCAUAAGAUAUAAUAAAUCUAAGCUGUUUUAGAAAAAUGAGCUUACAAAAUAAGAUUUAACAAACAUGAGUAUAUUUAAAAAGAAAAUGUUUCUUAGAAAAUGUGUCUUAAAAUAUUUCAUUAUUAUAGGGCUCUAAAUAAAACCCAUUUUUUUCUAUACUGAGAAUUCUUUCACUAAUUAUUAUUUCUCAAAGCUGAACAACUAAUUUUAGUCUUUAUACAUGAGUUUCUGGAUCAUGUUCUUUUAAAUGAGUUAUUGCUCAUAACUGUUCUUCUAAAUGUUAUGGGCUCAUACUCAUUAUUUGUGGAUUUUGUUUUGUGAUUUGCCUGCUAGCUAGCAUUUGUUUGUAAUUCCAAGAUCAGUGCUUUUGUUGCUUUUGUGGCAAUUCAUGGACAUAGACAGUGACAAAAAAUUUGAGUGGCCCUAUAUAUAUGUUCCCGGUUGAGGUCCAACAAGGCAACAGUCUGCCUUAUUGUUUCAGCUGUCAUAUUGUAAACAAAUCUCUUUUUUAUGAUCUGUUUAGGGCCACUUUUUUUUUUUUUUUUUUUUGCAAUUUUGUUUUCCAUUGGUGAUCUUGCUGUUUAAAAAGGCCCCCAAGCAUAGUGCUGAAGGUACUGUUUAGUAUUCCUAAGCACAAGAAGGCUGCCUUAUGGAAAAAAAUUGCUGGAAUGAUGCAUAGAACUCAAAAAAAUGCUGUACUUAUGACUACUGGUAUUAGUUAAGCUUUGCUCAGGCAUGAGUUAUGCUGUUGGCUGUGAAUUUAAUGUUAGUGAGUCAGUGAUAUAUAUUAAAUAAGAUACCUUUAAGCAGAAACAUACAUAAAAGAAGCUUGGGUAUUGAUCAGUUGAUGAAAAUGUUAUGACCCAAGGCUCACAGGAACCUAACCCUGUAUUUCCCCUAGGAGCAAUGGUUCAGUGUUCGCGGUGACUUUAUAAAACAAAACUAUGGUGAAUAACGAGAAUCAAUUCUUUUAAGGUGGUAUCAACAUCCUACAGAAGAAGAAUUAAGAAUUCUUGCAGGGAAACAGCAAAAAGGGAAAAGCAAAAAAGAUAGGAAAUAUAAUGGUCACAUUGAAAGUAAGCCAUUAACCAUUCCAAAGGAUAUUGACCUUCAUCUAGAAACAAAGUCAGUUACAGAAGUGGAUACUUUAGCGUUACAUUACUUUCCAGAAUACCAGUGGCUGGUGGAUUUCACAGUGGCUGCUACAGUUGUGUAUAUAGUAACAGAAGUCUACUACAAUUUUAUGAAGCCUACACAGGAAAUGAAUAUCAGCUUAGUCUGGUGCCUGCUUGUUUUGUCUUUUGCAAUCAAAGUUCUAUUUUCAUUAACUACACACUAUUUUAAAGUAGAAGAUGGUGGUGAAAGAUCUAUUUGUGUCACCUUUGGAUUUUUUUUCUUUGUCAAAGCAAUGGCAGUGUUGAUUGUAACAGAAAAUUAUCUGGAAUUUGGACUUGAAACAGGGUUUACAAAUUUUUCAGACAGUGCGAUGCAGUUUCUUGAAAAGCAAGGUUUAGAAUCUCAGAGUCCUGUUUCAAAACUUACUUUCAAAUUUUUCCUGGCUAUUUUCUGUUCACUCAUUGGGGCUUUUUUGACAUUUCCUGGAUUACGGCUGGCUCAAAUGCAUCUGGAUGCCCUGAAUUUGGCAACAGAAAAAAUUACACAAACAUUACUUCAUAUCAACUUUUUGGCACCUUUAUUUAUGGUUCUGCUCUGGGUAAAGCCAAUCACCAAAGACUACAUUAUGAACCCACCAUUGGGUAAAGAAAGUAUCCCUUUAAUGACAGAAGCCACAUUCGAUACUCUGCGACUCUGGUUAAUAAUCCUGCUGUGUGCUUUGCGGUUGGCCAUGAUGCGUAGUCACCUGCAAGCUUAUUUAAAUUUAGCCCAAAAAUGUGUGGAUCAGAUGAAGAAAGAAGCAGGGCGAAUAAGUACAGUUGAGCUACAGAAAAUGGUGGCUCGAGUCUUUUAUUACCUUUGUGUCAUUGCACUGCAGUAUGUGGCGCCUCUGGUAAUGCUGCUUCACACAACUCUGCUUUUGAAAACACUAGGUAAUCAUUCCUGGGGUGUUUAUCCAGAAUCCAUCACUACCUUACCAGUGGAUAAUAGCCUACUUUCCAAUUCUGUUUACUCUGAAUUACCAUCAGCUGAAGGGAAGAUGAAAGUAACUGUUACACAAAUAACAGUGGCAUUGAGCAGCUUAAAAAAUAUUUUUACUCCUCUUCUUUUUCGAGGACUUCUGUCUUUUCUGACCUGGUGGAUUGCUGCUUGCCUCUUUUCUACAAGCCUUUUUGGGCUUUUCUAUCACCAAUAUCUGACUGUGGCAUGAAUCUCAGUUGACAAAAAAGCAUAUCCAAAUCACACUUUAAAUUCAAAUAUUUGUGCCCUUGAAGGGCCGAUGAAAACCAGAAGAAAGCAAAUACAAAGGAAAAAAAAAACAUAUCAGAAUAUUUUGUAUUAAAUGUGUCCUCUGUAUUCUCAGGGUGAAUUAAUGUUAUAAUAUUUAAAAUUACAAAAUAGAUUGUUAACUGUUACACUGUGGCAUUGGAAUUUUAACUCUGUAUUUACUCGUAUGAGAGGGCUAUCUACAAGGGUAAUACUUCUGAUUACCUUGGUUUACAGAAACCUCCAGCAGUCUUUGAAACAUCUCACGUGACUCUAGUUAUUGAUUGCUUUUAAUGGUAUUACGGUACUGUUGAUAGUCAUGGUGGCUGCCUGUAGAACAAUCUUCAAACUGAGCCAUGCUUUAGGGGAGGGAAAGGGGCUAAAGUCUCUUCUGUUGGUAAUAUAUUAGUUACUCUUGAAAUGAUAAAAUCCAACAGAAAGGAAAAGAUAGCUACUGUAUAUUACAGUAAAGAAAACUGCAAAGUUAUUUUAAAUUUAAUGGAAAUGAAUAUGCUUAAUAGCUACAACUAUUGCUGCUUGAGAGUAGCAAGAGUAUUAUUUUAAAACAUGCUCUACCCAACUUGAGAGUUCUUUUAAAAUGAUUGGCCAUAUGAACACUUGUAAUCUUGCCAUUAGGUUUCGACCUGCCAUAUUUUAUUUUAUUCUAUCAUCCUAAAUGGUUGCUUUUAAUAGUCUAAAGAUAUUUAUCAAUACUGAUCAGACUUUGAAGAAAUUACUUUGUAAACCUGCUGACUACCUGUAUGUAUUGUAUAUAUAUUAUAUAUUAAAUAUAUAAUAUAUUGAGAUUAUAAAAGAUGAAAAUAUUGAAUCCUUAUAAUAUUUUAAGUUGCAGAAUGUAUGUUAAAAAGUGAUUUGAAUGAGAUGUACUUGUAUAUAGAAAUUUUAUUUCCUUUUGGAAUGAGAUUAAAAUACAUUUUGAAAGUUCA